CUCCUGCAGGCUCCCAGGUAGUGCGGCAGAGCCUGAGUGGAGGGUAGACUGUGGUUAAGUAGUUUCAACUGGAACAGAUUGAGUUCAGUUUUAGAAUAGAAACUUUGAUCUCCCUGUGGGAGCUGUGGGUGUUCUUUCCUCUUCCAGGUCACCAGAUCUUUGACAUCACCUGGUCCUUGGGUGGGGCGGGGAGUAUAUUGCACUAGAGUAGAAAAGCCUUUUCCCAAGCUUGCUCAACUUCAUAGUUUUGGUCUCAAGCCCAGGAUAGCAUCAGCUUGGGUUUCAUAGGCCAUUCCUGGCUCAGUCUCAGAAGGUAAGAUGUAACUCACAGGACAGUCUGGAUUGCUGACUGCCUUCUGGAAGCUGACCUUUUGUCCUGUGGAUGGAGAUCUUAAAAGACUUAAUGAUGGCCCACAUUUGUAGAGUCCUUUUACGGUGUAUAAAGUGUUCACAUACGGUAUUUUAGUAGAUAUGUCUUCCUCACUACAACCCUAUGAUUUAGGCCAUGCAGGCAUCAUUCUCCCCAUUACAUAGCUGAGGGGUUAACUCAUUUGAGGGCACCCAGCUAAUUAGUCAGGGCUCAAAGGCAAGUACUCAGUCUCAAGAUUUCCGACUCUAAAACCCAGGCUCAGAGGGGCCGAGGGGCCAAGGAGCCAGAGAGGCUCCUUCCGGCUUCUGCGUGGAGGGAGAAUGUGCCCUUCUUGCUCUGCUGCAUCACAUGCAAGGAUCAUUUAGAGCAGGGUCCCCAACCUUUUUGGCACCAGGGACCGGUUGGAAGACAAUUUUUCCCUGGGCCCGGGCGGGGGCGGGGGAUGAUGAUGGCUCAGGCGGUGAUGGGAGUGACGGGGAGCGGCAGAUGAAGCUUUUCCUCACCCACCACCCACCUUCUGCUGUGUGGCCUGGUUCCUAAGGCUGUGGACCACUACCGGCCGGGGGGUUGGGGUCCCCUGAUUUAGAGGGUGGUCCUCCCUAUUGUAAAUACAUCUCUAAAGGUUCUUUUGUUUUAAAAGCAAUAAAACGGUAGCCAUGGUUUUGUAUUGGGAACUGUGUAAUGAUCACCUUUGUCCUGAUUGGAUUACUCUGCCUCAGAUGAGUUUAUGUCCCAUCUCUGUCUCAGUGGCCACUGGAGGGAGGAUGACUAGAGUUCUUGCCUGACCCCACCUGUAAAUGCAGAGUUUAACUCUUCUCGUCAGCCUUGUUUGCUCUGUGCAUCUGAAGUGGGAGUAUAUUUCAUUGAGCCAAGCAGUUUCUCAUUACGUCCCUAAACCUGAAGCUCCUGUCGAAGGUAAAAGGUGGAGAAGAGAAAAGUGCCAUGGUUGUGAACUCUAGUUGGGAAAAAAUAAUUUUGGGAUCGACAGCGACUCUUAGUUAACUCAAUUGCUGGAAUAAGUAGAGGCAGAAUUAUUUCUCUCUUGUUGACAGGGGAGGCCAGGGGCAUGACAUGCGACACUAGCAAUACCCAGUUUUAAGGGUAUUAGAAAGAAUGCUACUUCGCACUGGAAGAUGCACCAGUGAUCUUGUCCCUCUCUGUCCUCCCGUUCUAGGUAUAUUGGUGAAUGGUAAACAACUGUUUUUCCCUACGUGGUUCCUGGCGUACAGGACACGGGAGGCGAGCAAUGGCAGGCGCUGGUGAGCGCAAAAGCAAGAAGGAUGAUAAUGGCAUCGGGACGGCCAUUGAUUUUGUGCUCUCCAAUGCCCGGCUGGUGCUGGGGGUGGGUGGAGCAGCCAUGCUGGGCAUUGCUACACUGGCGGUUAAGCGGAUGUAUGAUAGGGCAAUCAGUGCCCCUACCAGCCCCACCCGCCUGAGCCAUUCAGGGAAAAGGAGCUGGGAAGAACCAAACUGGAUGGGCUCCCCCCGAUUGCUCAACAAGGACAUGAAGACAGGCCUGAGCAGGUCCCUACAGGCCCUUCCCACAGGCUCCUCGGCCUUUGACACAGAUACAUUCUGCCCGCCCCGGCCCAAGCCAUUGGCCAGGAAGGGCCAGGUAGACUUGAAGAAGUCACGACUCCGCAUGUCCCUGCAGGAGAAACUUCUUACUUACUACCGGAACCGGGCGGCCAUCCCUGCUGGCGAGCAGGCUCGGGCCAAGCAAGCUGCCGUGGACAUAUGUGCCGAGCUCCGGAGCUUCCUGCGGGCCAAGUUGCCUGACAUGCCACUUCGGGACAUGUACCUGAGUGGCAGCCUCUAUGAUGACCUGCAGGUGGUGACAGCCGACCACAUCCAACUCAUCGUGCCCCUUGUGCUGGAGCAGAACCUGUGGUCGUGUAUCCCCGGAGAGGACACCAUCAUGAACAUCCCCGGCUUCUUCCUGGUUCGCCGGGAGAACCCAGAGUACUUUCCUCGUGGUAGUAGUUACUGGGACCGCUGUGUAGUAGGGGGCUACCUCUCUCCAAAGACAGUGGCAGACACGUUCGAAAAGGUGGUGGCUGGCUCCAUCAACUGGCCGGCCAUCGGGUCCCUCUUGGACUAUGUGAUUCGACCGGCCCCACCCCCGGAGGCUCUGACUCUGGAAGUGCAGUAUGAGCGCGACAGGCAUCUCGUCAUUGACUUCCUGCCGUCGGUGACCCUUGGUGACACUGUCUUGGUGGCCAAACCACACCGGCUAGCCCAGUAUGACAACCUGUGGCGGCUGAGCCUGCGUCCUGCCGAGACGGCGCGCUUGCGGGCUCUGGACCAGGCCGACUCUGGCUGCCGCUCUCUGUGCCUCAAGAUCCUCAAGGCCGUGUGCAAGUCCACCCCGGCCCUGGGUCACCUCACUGCCAGCCAGCUCACCAACGUCAUCCUCCACGCGGCCCAGGAGGAGGCUGACUGGUCUCCCGACGUGCUGGCUGACCGAUUCCUGCAGGCCUUGCGGGGACUCAUCAGCUACUUGGAGGCCGGAGUUCUGCCCAGUGCCCUAAACCCCAAGGUGAACUUAUUUGCAGAGCUUACCCCUGAGGAAAUAGACGAAUUGGGAUACACUCUCUAUUGCUCACUGUCUGAGCCAGAGGUGCUGCUGCAGACGUAGGGCAGGUGAAGGCAGGUGUCGAGCGGUCAGGCCCUGGAUUCUCUGUUAGAAACACUUGGUUCCAUAGUUGAUGCCUCACGGGGUCCCUAGGUGCCUCGCGUCUUUGCUGGUCAUCGCCCUGGGCAUUUCAUGCUGAUUAGAAAGGUAUCCCUCUCUCCUCUUUAAUCACCAACCAUUUCUAUUUUUGUUACCAAACACUGUGCUCCCUACUUUUCCCCUCCCCCUUGCUCCAGGCUAGUUUUUCUUGGAAUGAAUUGAGAAGGUGGAGCAGUGGCCUGAGCUGUGGAGACCACUUGGUGUUUUGCAUUUCGGCACAGGUCUGCUGUGUCUGCCCUGCCACCUGCCCCUUUUCAGUGUCUUCUUUUUCCACCUGUUCACACCUGUUUUGCUUUUUUUUCUGGACAUCUGCCUAAUCAAGAUGCUGCCUUGUAGUUGACUGUCACUGAAGUUAUGAUUGCAUGUUUCAAACUGAACUCUGCAGAGAGCGCCCAGACAGUAUUUAGGGUUUCUAGGGGUAAAGCUGGUGGAAAAGCUGGCCUUUGACCCAGGUUCCUGGAAAAGAAGCCCAUCCCCCCCCCCACCAACCUCUUGACCAGCUCAUAUCCGGAAGUGCUAAGAAGGUCUCUCAUGGGAGCACUGUUGUUGCCGCACACGGGAGCGAGGGCUAAAGAUAAACUGGAUGCGUAGUUAUUCGGAGACUGUGUUUCUUAGUGGCCAUCAGUGAGAGAGUAGAGUGGGGGAACCUGGAGGUGGUGGAGAGGGUCUGCGUGCCUAAUGUCUGUGCCUCAUCUGUGGCUGGUCCAGCCCGGCACCACUGCGUGCGGGAGUCAGACAAAGACUGGGAGGGAAGGGGCUGUUGUUUGCUCCUUCCCCACCUUCUUGCCAAUUAGGACAAGGCCUUCGAGGACACAGUCUUAGUGCUAGAGGUUCAGCUAGACAGGUGGCUGAACGUCAGUGACCAUGUUUCUCCCACGUCAGGCCCUGCCUUUCUAGGAUGUUGCCUUAGAGGAAGAACAGGCCCAGCAGCCAGCCCUCCGCUCCCCAGUGUCUGUCACAGGAACGUGAUGGGGGUGUUUGCUGAGCUCUCCAGGCACCUCCAGAGGCCAGAGGGCAGGCACAUAUGCACAGACCUCUUCCCCCUGUCCUGUCUCUCACCCAGCACCUGGGAAACCGGUGCUACCUAGGAAGAGAGCGUAUGGCUAAAACACAUCUGAGAGGGAGGUGGGUACUUGCCACGUUCCUUCUUGUUUCCCGCUGCUAGAGUUGCACUAUUUAUUGCAAUGUAAAAAGUAUCCUGAGAGUGGGGAGGAAAGUUUAAUAUACAAUGUCAGUGCAUCUUCUUGUUCUGUGUUUAUUUUUUCCUGUUUGUGCCAAGAGGCUGAUGAUAAUUCUGUUUCUGAUCUGCCCAUCCAGUAUUUUGUUCUCCUCCCAUCAAAUCCUAUUAUUAUUUUUAUUCUUACUACCUCUCCAUCAGUGAGAUUCUGGUGAAGCUCUCUGCAGCUGUCUCAUUCCUUCCCAAUGACCGCGACAUGAAAUGACUCUUUAAAUAGCAUUGAAACCUUAGCUUCCCUUUGAAUUUAAGGUAGAGCUUCUUGUCCCCUUUUUUGUCCUGGAUUAGGAGGUUGAGAACUAGGGUUAACCUUGGCUAUAUUUGGAGACUCUUCCUGCCUCUUCUCUCAUAUACAUGCGAAGCUUCCCUAAAAUGGUUCAGUUGUUUCAUUUGUAUGAAGACAUUGAGAGAGAAUGAAAAAUAGCAAGCCCAGAGCCCUGAGAGAGUCUCCAUCCUGGCUGUUCAUCACAAUCAACUUGGAGUUUAUGAAACACUCCAUAUGCCUGAGUGCUACCCUGGGGGAUUGGUGUAGAGGAUGUCCACAGAGGGUGGAGCCUGGCACUGACGGUUCCAUUGCGCCCAUUUGGUGUCACUGGAAGGAAGGGAGAGGGGAGGGCUGAAUGUGUUGGAAAAGCAUGGGUUUGUCUUCAUUCACAUAAAGGAUUUGGUUUUCCCAAUGUGAAUAUUAUAAAACCUAUAAUUUUCCCAAGCUGGAGUCUGACCAAAUUCCAUAUAAAACAUUGGAAGGAGAGCUCAAAAAAGAAAAGAUUUUAAAGAUCAAAUCCCAAAUUAUCAAAGCCAAGUGUAAUGGUGAUUUGAGUUUACCUCCUCUUAAAGAGCAUCUUUCUAAGGGCAGCUCUGUCUCUUACCUAUGUUUCACAAAACCAAAAACCAUAACUGCCAUUUCACAAGCAAGAACCUCUUAGAAGUCCUCAGAACUAGAAGCGGUGGGAAUCCUUGGCUCAUGUCCUGGUGGGUUUGCUGACUGAGAUGGGGCAAGUCUCAUCGUAAUACCUGGACGACAGUCCAGUGCUUUGAGAUUCUUGGUUAGAGGAGGGGAAUACCCCCCACCCCAACACACACACAUUUUUUUUUUUUUAAUCUUUGGGGAAAUAUGUAGGGCCUUUUCCUGCUUUUCUGCCUUUCUACUCAGUAACUCCCACGUUUGCCUGAAGUAACAGCAUCUGCUCCUACUUCUCCAUCUGGAAGUUUUUUUGCACCAUCUAGGUUAGCAAAGCACAUAGUUAGCCUAAUGCUUGAAGAAAGACUCAUCAUCUUGAAAACCCAAUCAAUUCCAAAGUGUAUUUUGCUUUUCCCUGUUGCCCCUUCCUAAAACGUGAGUUCAGGACAACAGUAUUUUUCUUUGCUUGGUUGUGACUUUUUUUUUCAAAUAAAAAAAUAAUUGAAGCUCAUGUUUGGAAAAACUGUUGUGAGGCCUACAGUCUUUCCUCCUAGGCUCAGCCCUUGGUGGUCCUGUUCACACUCCAGAUUAGCUGAUUUUGCCCCUUUCUACUCCACUCAAGUUGAGAGCUCAAAUGGUUUUGACAAGGAAUCAGCUUCAGGAUCAAAAGGUCCUGGAGAGGAGCCGGGGGGCCUGGGAUCCCUGCAUGUGUCCAGAGGCUCUGCUCUCACAGGAUUUGUGAGAACCCUGCUCUUCGUGCUGAAGCUCAAGGCCAAAGAGGACUUAGGACUAGAGCUGUGAGGCUGUAGCCCUUGUAGAUAUGCUUAGCUGAUUCUAAGCGGCCAAAAUACCAGGGAUGUGAGUUCUGGGGUUAACUGCAUAUAGCGUGGUGUUUACCUUUUCAUUCUGAUCACCUUAUGUUCUCUGUGCUUGGCCCCUGAGGCCAAGUCCACAACCUGCCUUCCAGUCACUUGCUUGCCCUUCAAUAAGCAGUUGAUGUGUUUAGCUGAUAGAUUUGGAAUCAGUCACCAGUCUUUCUGUCCUGUCUUGGCUAGGUCCAUAUAGAAGCAGCUUAGCCCUGAGACCCAGAAAACUACUGUCCUUUUUCUCCUUGAGGGAGGGAAUAAAGCUGGGGAACAUGCUGUCCUUCCACAGCAUGGGAAGAAGAAAAUUAAAGUCUCCUUUCCAACA